AUGAAGGCACUUGUUGACAUCUUUUCUCGCGUCUCUAACCCAACACCAACACAGGAAAUUGUCAAUCAGAGCUUGCAGCUGCCGCAAAACCACGAACCCCGUGAAACAGAGCCUCGGGCUCCUCUCAUGUCAUAUGUUAAGGCAGCGGCCCGGUCCUUAUUCUCUCAGCUGGCUUUAUCGAUUAAUGAGAUGGAAAUUCCAGGUCAAUCAAGCAUCGGAGACUUUAUUCAGAGGGUAUCUUCAGUCUUUCCCGGUAUUUCCUCUGAAUUCCUUCGAUCUCUCGGCUGGAGCUUUCGUCACGAUACAGAGGCAGCGAUCAACCAUUUGAUGGAUGAAGAGGAGCAUGGAAGGCCAUACCGGAGGUCACAGAUGAAACAAGCUACCAGCUUGAAGCGAAAACGCGACGAAAGCCUUUGUUCUCUUGAGUUAGAGGCCCUUGCGGUCGAUGUUGCCGAACAGGGCCAUGAUGGACCCCGAUUUGUCCCAAACUCUGCUAUUGAGAGACUGGCUCUAUCCAAACUUCUACACCAAGAAUACCCCUGUGUACCGCACAAAGAAAUUGACAAACUUCUCCUCGACCACCAAUAUUGUCUGCGAUCGACGUAUCUUGCCCUAGACACGCUUGUGUAUACAUGGCAUACUAUUCCAGAAAAGCCCUUUGCGAUGCUUUCAGACCCGUCGACUAUACAAAAACCGUUCUUGAACCCCCGAAACCACCGAGCGAUGAGAUCCGUCAUUCGAGCGGCGAAGGAGGGGUUCAAGCGAAAUGUUCUGCAGGAGCUUGGUGUGUGUUGGGAGAUGAGGCAUGCACGCCAUGAGGAACGACAGAGCAAGCCAUUUAAGAAUAAGGCGAGAGAGAAUACGGAGGUCGUUGUCGCUGAAGACGUGAUAGAGUGUCAGUGCUGUUUUAUUGAGUGCCCCUUGCACCAGAUGGUACAAUGUGAAGGGGAAGUCGUCCACUUCUUCUGCGUCGAUUGCACUCGCCGAUACGCGGAGACCUUGAUUGGUCUUUCGAAGUAUGAGCUUACUUGCAUGUCCAUGGACAAGUGCGAUGGUAGCUUCUCACAAGCGGAACGAAGUAAAUUUCUGGACGAUAAAUUAAUCAAAGCAUUGGACCAGAUUGAAGCUGCUGCCGUGCUUCUUUUGGUGAACUUGGAGGGUCUUGUGCACUGCCCCUUUUGCAACUACGCAGCACAGUGUCCACCCGUCGAGGAGGAUAGAGAAUUCCGAUGCGCGAACUCUGAAUGCGAGGUUGUGAGCUGUCGGCUGUGCCAAAAAGAGACUCACAUCCCCAAGACUUGCGACGAAUCCGCUAGGGAGAAUGGGUACUCUGCCAGGAGAGAAAUCGAAGAAGCCAUGUCUGCUGCACUUAUACGGAGGUGCAACAAGUGUAAGUCAAAUGAGCUGCAGAAUGACGUGGAUUAUGCUGAUAUUUACGCUUAG